ACAUUCUAUUCACACCAUACACCAAGUGUCAUUUCCCUUCACUGUCCACGUAUUCUUCUAACACGUGACUUCCCUUAUUCAUUCCACCACCUCCACCACCGAAUCAAAUUUUUUUUCUUUUAGAGUACUAAAAAUCCUUUCAAACUAACAUAACAUGAUACCAUGCUUUUGCUUUAUGCGUCACAAGUUGUAAAGAACUGACUUUAUUAUAAGCUAUGUUGAAGCUUUACGUGUGUGUAUUGGAAGCCAAGGUCCUACCCGUGAAGGAUUCUUACGUGAAGCUUAGGCUCGGGAAGUUCAAAUCCAAGACAAGGGUGUUGAGGAACAUGCACCCCGUUUGGAACGAGGAGUUUAGUUUCAGGGUGCAUGAUGCAGAGGACGUGCUUGUUGUGUCUGUUGUUGCUAAGGAGUGCAAAGUGACCAAGGGUUACGUGGAUUUCGUGGGUGAGGUACGCAUUCCGCUAGCCUCACUUGCUUUUGAGGAUAAGCAUACGUUACUCCCCUUGUGGUUCUCUCUUGAAAGCUCCAAAAGUGGCAAAUUUUUUGAUAAAUAUUCUGGAAAAAUUCUCCUUACAGUUUCUCUUCAUGGUAAAGGUCGUGCCUCUUUUUUCAGUCACAAGCAUUCUCCAAAUUCAACAGUUGCACUAGAAGACUCCAGAUUUGAAAGGUCUUUGCGUUUUAUGUCACGCUCGUUUGAUAGAAUAGGUGUAGGCAAACAAAUGUUGAAGGUUAUUGCUAAUCGUUUGCAUAGGGUUUUCAAUAAGAAAGAAGGAAGCUCAAAACCUGGGGAUUCUUCAGAACGAACUACUUCAUUAUCUGAUUAUGAAGAUAGUGUACAGGAAAAUUCAUCUCCCUGUAGUUUUGAAGAAGCCAUUGCAAUAAUGGAGUCUGGAGAUAACAAACCAGAAAUGCCAGAAAAUUUAGCUGGUGGUGUUCUAGUAGAUGAGAAUUAUUUAGUCUCUUCAAAUGACCUUAAUGUGUUUCUUUUUGUACCGAAUUCACAGUUUUGGAAAGAUAUGGCUGAACUGCAGGGAACAACAAAUGUGCAUGAGGGACCUUGGACAUGGAAACAUGGAGACAUGUCAUGUUUAACACGAGGUGUUACCUAUACAAAGGCAGCUACAAAAUUCAUUAAAGCAGUUAAUGCCAUCGAGGAGCAAACCUACAUUAGAGUGAGCAGAAAAGAGUUUGCUAUACUUGUCAGUAUAAGCACACCUGAGGUUCCAUAUGGUAAUGCAUUUAGGAUUGAAAUUCUUUAUAAGAUAAUGCCAGGAAAGGUAUCUUCUGGAGAGGAAUCCUCACAUAUUAUUGUGUCAUGGGGCAUUGUCUUCCUCCAGAGCACAAUGAUGAAAAGCAUGAUUGAAGGUAGGGUAAGGGAAGGAUUGAAGGAGAAUUUCAAACAAUUCUCCAACCAACUUGCCCUGCAUUUUAAGGUGCUAGAUAAAGCAGAUUUACCAGAUAAGGAGCAUUUGUUGGCUACUUUGCAAACAGAAGACCAGUGGAAUUGGUGGCAGGCAAUUGCGUACUUUUGGAAUUUCACUGUGGUUUCCACCAUUUUCAUGUUUUUGUAUGUGUUAGUGCAUAUUUUAAGGUGUGGUCCAAGUCUACCUCAGGGCUUGGAAUUUAUGGGGCUUGAAUUACCAGAUAGUUUUGGAGAACUCAUUACAAGUGGAAUUUUAGUCAUCCAGUUUCAGCGUGUUUAUGAUAUGGUGUCUCACUUUGUGCAAGCUAGAUUUCAAAUGGGAACUGACCAUGGCCUCAAAGCUCAUGGUGAUGGAUGGGUUCUUACUGUGGCUUUAAUUCAGGGGGUUGAUCUGGCUUCCUUGGACUUGGAGUCAGAAGAGUUGUCAGAUCCCUAUGUAGUGUUCACCUGUAAUGGGCAAACAAGGUCUAGCUCUGUCAAGCUUCAAACGUCCAAUCCUCAAUGGAAUGAGGUAUUAGAGUUUGAUGCUAUGGAAGAACCACCAUCAGUUCUAGAUGUGGAAGUUUUUGAUUUUGGUGGUCCAUUUGACCAGGAUGUUUUACUUGGACAUGUUGAGAUCAAUUUUCUAAAGCACACAUCAACAGAAUUGGCAGACAUGUGGCUCAUGCUUGAAGGAAAGCUUGCUCAAUCUUCUCAGUCAAAGUUGCGAUUGAGAAUUUUUUUGGACAACAACAAAGGUGUUGAAACAAUCAAGGAAUAUUUGGAGAAGAUGGAAAAGGAAGUGGGCAAAAAAUUGAAUCUUAGAUCACCUCAAAGGAAUUCUACAUUCCAGAAAAUGUUUGGGUUGCCUCCAGAAGAAUUUCUAAUCAAAGAUUUCACUUGUUACCUGAAGAGAAAAAUGCCUUUACAGGGUCGGUUGUUUCUUUCAGCAAGGAUUCUGGGGUUUUAUGCCAGUUUGCUUGGACAUAAAACCAAAUUCUUCUUCCUUUGGGAAGAUAUUGAAGAGAUACAAGUGCUUCCUCCAACAUUGGCCACAUUAGGGAGCCCUACAUUGGUCAUAAUUCUGCAAAGAGGUCGAGGGCUUGAUGCAAGGCACGGUGCAAAGACUCAAGAUGAAGAAGGGAGACUUAGGUUUCAUUUUCAAUCAUUUGUUUCAUUUAGUGCUGCCUCCAGAACAAUAAAGGCCUUGUGGAGAACAAGAAUACUGAACCCCUAUCAGAAAGAACAAAUUACUGAUGACCAUGAAGAUCAAGAAGGCCUUGUAAUUCCAGAAGACUCUGCAACUAUUUUAGAGGAUGAAGAAAAAAUGUCCAGAAUUUUCUCUGCAGAACUUCCAAUUAAGGUGAGAUCAGUGAUGGGAAUUUUUGAGGGAGAAAAUCUGGAGCAUAAAAUUAUGCGGAGAUCAGGAUGUGUGAACUAUGAAACUACAUCAUGGGAAAAAGUAAAGCCUGAUGUCUUUGAAAGGCACGUUUCUUACCGAUUCAAUCGACAGGUGUCAGCUUUUGGUGGUGAAGUCACAUGCACACAACAAAAGUUUUUGAAUCCAAGCACCGGAGGUUGGACUGUGAUUGAAGUUAUGGCUCUUCACGGUGUUCCAUUUGCUGAUCACUUUCAUAUUCAUUUUAAGUACGAAAUUGGGAAAUCGUCUCUUGGUGAAUGUGCUUGCAAGUGUGAUGCAUACAUUGGUAUUACUUGGCUUAAGAGCACCAAGUUUCAGCAAAGGAUAAACAGGAACAUAACAGCCAAGUUUAAGCUUCGAUUGAAGGAAAUAUUUGAACUGCUUCAGAAAGAGAUUUUGUUAAUGUCUCAUAACUCAAAUGGACAAGGUUAAUUUGAUGAGGACCAUGUUAAAUGUAUUAGACAAAUAAAAAGAGAUUUUGUUAAUGUCUCAGAACUCACAUGGAUAA